UUGAAUGCAGUAGCCGGAAGUCGUAUUUGUAAUUGUCGUAGGUUUAAUCGUUCGAGCCACAUUAGGUGCAGACUCUCACGCUUGGCUAAAUUGAGGACUCAAACGUAAGAUCGCGGUACAUAAAUGAGAUAGCAAAACACUGAGGAAACCGUAGGAUGGAUCCUAACCGGAUAAUGCAGGCUCUCAAAGGGACUAUCGACCCUAAUCUGAGAAUAGCGGCGGAAAAUGAACUCAAUCAGUCUUACAAGAUCAUCAACUUUGCACCAACCCUGCUUCAGAUCAUUGUAUCAGAGCAGGUGGAGUUUCCUGUUCGCCAUGCAGCGGCCAUCUACCUGAAGAACAUGGUGAGUCAGUACUGGCAGGACAGGGAGCCAUCUCUCGGGGAAGUCAUCUUUCCCUUCAAUAUCCACGAGAAUGACCGGCAGCAGAUCAGAGAUCACAUAGUGGAGGGCAUCAUCCGCUGUCCAGAGUCCAUACGUGCCCAGCUGACCAUGUGUUUGCGAGCCAUCAUCAAGCAUGACUUCCCCGGCCGCUGGACAGCCAUUGUGGACAAGAUCGACAUGAACCUGCAGUCUCUGAACAGCGGCAGUUGGUAUGGCAGCCUGCUGGCUCUCUACCAACUGGUCAAAACCUAUGAGUACAGAAAGGCUGAUGAGAGGGAGCCUUUGCUAGCAGCCAUGCAAAUCUUUCUGCCGAGGAUCCAGCUGCUCAUCAGCCAGCUGCUGUCUGAUGCCACCAUCUUCUCUGUCCUCAUCCAGAAGCAGAUACUCAAGAUCUUCCAUGCUCUUGUACAGUACUCGUUGCCUCUCCAGCUGAUAAACAACACGGUGAUGACUCAGUGGAUGGAAAUCCUCAGAGCCAUAAUGGACCGAGACGUCCCUGCUGAGACUUUGGAGGUUGAUGAGGAUGACCGUCCUGAACUGGCAUGGUGGAAGUGCAAGAAGUGGUCGUUGCGCAUCAUCACCAGACUGUUUGAGCGAUAUGGAAGUCCUGGCAAUGUGACGAAGGAGUACGGCGAGUUUGCUGACUUUUUUCUAAAGACAUAUGCAGUUGGCAUACAACAGGUUCUGCUGAAAGUGGUUGACCAGCACCGACAGAAGCAGUACAUUACUCCUCGUGUCCUGCAGCAAUGUCUCAACUACCUCAACCAGGGCCUGUCACACUCCCUGACCUGGAAACAGAUGAAGCCACACAUGCAGACCAUAUGCCAAGAGGUCAUCUUCCCUCUGAUGUGUUACAAAGAUGAGGAUGAGAAGCUCUGGCAGGAAGACCCCUAUGAGUACAUCCGCAUGAAGUUCAACCUAUAUGAUGACCAUGCCCUCCCAGCUACCGCUGCUCAGAGCUUCUUGUGUAAAGCUGCCCGCAAACGUAAGGAGGUUCUUCCUCAGAUGAUGGAGUUCUGCCACCAGAUACUGAUGGACCCUUCUGCAAACCCCCGCAGUAAGGAUGGAGCACUGCACUGCAUCGGUGCUCUGGCUGAGCUUAUACUGAGGAAGCGGAUGUACAGGGAGAAGAUGGAGCUGAUACUACAAAACUAUGUUUUUCCUUUGCUCAACUCUCCCAUGGGUUACCUGCGAGCCAGAUCCUGUUGGGUGCUCCAUUCAGUCAAUUCAUGCUGGGUGCUCCACUCUUUCAGCCCACUAAGUUUCCAGGAUGAGCUGGUUCUGAGGAAUGCUGUUGAGUUAGUAAAACAGGAUCUGAUCGAUGACAAAGAGAUGCCGGUCAAGGUGGAGGCUGCCAUUGCUCUGCAGACAUUGGUCAGCAACCAGGAGCAAGCCAAGCUGUACAUCAGGCCAUACAUCCAGCCAGUCAUGCAGGAGCUGCUGCAUGUGGUGAAAGAGACAGAGAAUGAUGACUUGACCAAUGUCAUUCAGAAGAUGAUCUGUGAGUACAACCAGGAGGUUGCGGCCAUUGCUGUGGAUAUGACACAGAACCUGGCAGAUAUCUUCACCAGGGUUCUUCAGAGUGAGGAGUAUGAGGAGAACGAAGACAAGACUGUCAUGGCCCUUGGCCUCCUUAGCACCAUCGACACCAUACUCACUGUCAUGGAGGACCACAAAGAGAUCACUCAGCAGCUGGAAGGGAUCUGUUUGCAGGUGAUCGGCCUGGUCUUGCAGAAGCCCAUCAUAGGUAUGGCAGAGUUCUAUGAGGAGAUCCUCUCUCUGGCAUUUGGCCUCACCUGUCAGACCAUUUCUCCCCAGAUGUGGCAGCUACUUGGCAUCUUGUACGAGGUCUUCCAGCAUGACUGCUUCGAUUACUUCACAGAUAUGAUGCCUCUUUUGCACAACUACAUCACUGUGGAUACAGACAUGCUCUUGUCUAACCCAAAACACUUAGAGGUCAUUUACAGCAUGUGCAAAAAGGUGCUGACCAUAGAUGCAGGUGAGGAUGCAGAGUGUCAUGCUGCCAAACUGUUGGAGGUCAUCAUACUGCAGUGCAGAGGCAGAGGCAUCGACCAGUGCAUCCCUCUGUUUGUGGAGGCAGUGCUGGAGCGUUUGAUGAGAGGGGUGAAAUCCAGUGAACUGAGAACCAUGUGCCUUCAGGUGGCCAUCGCUGCUCUUUACUACAAUCCAGUGCUGCUCAUACACACUCUGGACAACAUGCACUUCCCACACAACCCGCAGCCCAUUACUGCACACUUCAUCAACCAGUGGAUGAAUGACACAGAGUUCUUUCUGGGGGUCCAUGGUUCCCUCUACUUCUUCUUUGUUCGGUUUAUUGGCGGGUGGCAACCAACGUCAAGGCUUCAUGACCGGAAGAUAUGUAUCAUCGGCCUGAGUGUGCUGAUGGAGCUGCCCAGCCGACCAGCAGUGCUUGAUGGUGUUGCUGCCCAGAUCAUCCCCUCCAUCCUGCUCCUUUUCCUGGGUCUCAAGCACCUUCACACCUCUCGCCUCAUCAACAAACCAGAUGUGCUGGCCCACACAGGGCCCCAAGAUGAAGACCAGAAUGAGGAGAUUCCCAGUGAUGAAGAUGAGGUGAAUGAGAACUGGAAUGCCAUGCAGCAGCAGUCCGGCACAGUGACAGGCCAUGGCAGUGAGGAUGAUGAUGAAGAUGAAUACUGGGAUGAGGACUGCUUUGAGGGUACACCCCUAGAAGAAUACAGCACACCACUCGACUACGACAAUGGAGAGGACGAGUAUCAGUUCUUUACCUCCGCACUGCUUGGGGUGCAGAACAGUGAUGCAGCCUGGUACCAGAGUCUGACUGGUCCACUCAGUGAUGACCAGAAGAAACAGCUGCAGGAGAUAUACAGCAUCUCACAGCAGCGUAGGAGCACUGCCACAAAGGGCCAAUGAGUGCUGAUGAGACAGAUGAACUGCAGAAUCAGUGAAGGGGGCCGAAGAAAGAGAGCAGCUGGUCUGACCUAACUUGAAUUUAAUUUCAGUCUUUUCUGAAUGAUAUCAGUCCAGAUAAGAUCAUACCUUAAUGGAUCCCACCAAAACCAGGUUCCAGAUGGCAAUCAGAAUUGGAUGAAUACCAGGGGUUGGAUUGGCAUUAUAGCAGUUUGAGUCCUAGUGCACUGUAUAGAACCACAUCCACUACUGGAAUAUUUCAAUGACUAGAACAGGACUGCUAUCCUGCGUGUGUGUGCGUGUGUGCACGCAGAUUUCAGUGAAAGAUUUGCAUUAUAAUUAUAAAUGUCUUUGACCAGCAUUUAUGUUCUUGAACAGUGCAGUCCUUUGAUCCAAGUAAUUUGUGUGUGCGUGUGUGGGUCCGAGAAACUGUAAAAAAUAAAACCUCAACAUGUGCAUUUGUAUGUACUGUAAGCACUUGUUUCAAUCUCUCUGUAUCUGAAAACUUUUUAUCAUCUCAUGAGGUGAGGGCCUAUCCAGAAAAAAAAGAGCCUGAUUUCUGUCGGGGGGGGCCUUGUGUACAGAUUGCAGACAAUUGAGAAGAAUGAGGUCCAAGACUUGUGGCCACCAACUAUGACCACAGACAAAUUAAAUGUAAAAUGGGAGGGAUGUCUAGGAAGAAGCAGUUUUUAGUUUUUCUUUUCGACCCUGGUUUUUGUUUUGUAACACUUUUCAGAGCUAAUUUAAGAAACAAAAGAAUAAUGUAUCAUUUCCUGUGUUAUUCUUGUUAUUCCAUCCUUCUUUUCCUACCUUAAUUAAAUAUCUUUGAUGUUUCCCCAAGAAGCAUUGUGUCUAAAUACAGUCUCACAAAGCCACUAAUAUGGCUGUUCAAAUAAGUCUUGUUUGAUAAAAAAUAAACACAAAGAACAGCUGAGCCUGAUGUCAUUGUUAUUAGUCUUGCAGGGAAACAUAAAAACUACAACUAUUCACUAUUUGUCAUGAACAUUUUUAUAGACAAAGAAUAUAUUAAGUAUUUUUAGCAACAAUGUUAUUAUUGCUAGCUGUAGAUUGCUACAUUUCAGAGACUCAAGCUGUUUGUUUACUGGGUUGCAAUUGCAGCUGAUAUAUUGCAGAGCAAAUGUCUGUUUUUGCUGGUCUGAUAUUGAACCACUUUUGUUAAUGUACAGCUCUUUAAAAAUCUGAAACAUAAUAAAUUUGUUUUUUGUCCA